UACAAACACCUAAUAUUUUGGGCUUUUUAUAUAUAUAGAAGCAAAAAAAUCCCAAUUUUAAGUACCCAAAAUCCGACGGUUCGUUGGCGAUUUCAACCCGUCGCCGGCUACUCUUCUUAGGCAUCUUCUCCGGCGAACUCAGCUAAGAAUUCGAUUUUGGCUGUAGGAACUUUAAAUCUGGGAUUUUCAGUAUGGCAUCUCUCAAGGAGCUUCUUCCAGCAGCAAAGUCCACUACCAGCACAGUCUAUGACCAUACAAGUGACCCGUGGUUCAAGAAUAGGUACAGUGCAACUGAGGCGGAGAAAUCUGCAGUAAUCAAGGCAAAUCCGGUACCCCCUUAUCUAAAACGGGCUGGAUUUAGGCCAUCCAAGCUCGAGGACUUUGGGGAUGGAGGAGCGUUCCCUGAAAUCCAUUAUGCACAAUACCCACUUGAUAUGGGCAGAAAGAAAGACUGGAAAGCCGGGGGAAAGAAUUUGCCUGUUACUGUGGAUGAGCAUGGUGAAGUGCGAUAUGAUGCAAUUGUGAGGCAGGGUGAGAAUGCAAAGAAAAUUGUUUAUUCUCAGCAUAAAGAUCUUAUCCCCAAGUUUGUGAAGGAGGACGAGAGUGAUGAAGAGAUGGAUCAGGAUGAGAAGCAGAAAGUAAUCGAUGAGACAAUGGAGGAAACUAAAGCAGCACUUGAGAAGAUUGUAAAUGUGCGGUUGAGUGCUGCACAACCCAAAAAUGUUCCCACACAAUCUCAAGAGUCCAAGUUUAUUAAGUACAAGCCUUCCCAGCAAGCGGCAGCUUUUAAUUCGGGUGCAAAGGAGAGGAUUAUUAGGAUGGUAGAGAUGCCCGUGGACCCUCUGGAUCCACCAAAGUUCAAACACAAGAGGGUCCCUAGGGCCUCUGGUUCUCCACCUGUGCCUGUUAUGCAUUCUCCUCCCCGUCCAGUUACAGUGAAGGACCAGCAGGACUGGAAGAUUCCACCUUGUAUAUCAAACUGGAAGAACCCCAAAGGUUACACAAUCCCUCUUGAUAAGCGUCUUGCUGCUGAUGGCAGGGGACUUCAAGAUGUUCAGAUCAAUGAUAAUUUUGCAAAACUAUCAGAGGCUCUGUAUGUUGCAGAACAGAAAGCCAGAGAAGCAGUUGCAAUGCGGUCAAAGGUUCAGAAAGAGAUGAUGAUGAAAGAAAAGGAGAAGAAAGAGAUAGAACUUCGGGAGUUGGCCCGCAAGGCAAGAUCUGAUAGAUUGGUUGGGGUACCUUCAGCUGCUGCACAUGUACCUUCUGAGAGGGACUCCAGGAAUGUUGAUGAUAUGAAUGAGGACUAUGAGCGAGCAAGAGAUUUGCCCAAAGAAUCAAGGGGGGAAAGGGAAGAAAGAUUGAAUAGAGAGAAGAUACGUGAGGAGCGGCGCCGUGAGAGGGAGAGGGAGAGGAGAUUGGAGGCAAAAGAUGCUGCAAUGGGUAAGAAGAGUAAGAUCACCAGAGAUAGAGACCGUGAUGUGAGUGAAAAAGUGGCUCUUGGAAUGGCUUCUACUGGCACAUCAAGAGGAGAAGUCAUGUAUGAUCAGAGAUUGUUCAACCAGGAGAAAGGGAUGGAUUCUGGAUUUGCAGUGGAUGAUUCCUACAACGUCUAUGACAAGGGACUAUUUACCGCUCAGCCCACUCUUUCUACUCUAUACAGACCGAAGAAAGAUACUGAUUCUGAAAUGUAUGGAGGUGCAGAUGAGCAGCUGGAUAAGAUCAUGAAGACAGAGCGCUUUAAGCCCGACAAGGCAUUUUCUGGAACAUCUGAGAGGACUAAUACCAGGGAUGGGCCUGUGGCAUUUGAAAAGGAAGUUGAGGAAGCUGAUCCAUUUGGUCUAGACCAGUUCUUGACAGAGGUUAAGAAGGGAAAGAAAGCCAUGUCAAAUGUUGGUAGUGGAGGCACCAUGAAGGCUAGUGCUGGCUCCACGCGAGAUGGUUAUGAAACAUCAAGCAGAACUCGUAUUGCUUUCGACAAAGGGCGUUGAAUUGUCUUCCACUGCCAGCAUCCCUGGCCUUAAUUUGUUCGUCUUUGCUGCAUAAGUGAACUACUCUCAAUCUUUAUACUGUCGUAAUGUAAUCUGUUCUUGCAACUUGAGCUUUGAAGUGUUGAAGACAUGCCUACUUCAGAAGAUAUUAUCAUCUCUUUAUUAUUGCUUUAAGUCUUUCUGCCUUGAAACAGUGGGUUUCUUAGAUUUGGAAUAUGAGAAUAUCCAUCGCGUAAUUAGGUUACGUGAUUUUGACCCAGUUUGAUAUGAACAUCAUUUGUUUGGAUAUGUGGAAUUCCUGAGUAGUUUUUGCAUUUU